AUGAUCUUUAGCUUAGUUUGGUAUGCACGGCAGAUUCUCAUUAUGGAGAAUGUGGACUUGCCUCGGGUGAACUUUGUUUAUGCCUUUCUUGAGGAGGAGGCAUUUGCUGCUUUUACUGUUGGAACGUUUCUUCUUAUAGCUGGUUUCCUGGCGUUACAUCGUCUUCAUCUUUUUGAGGAGUUACUUAUGACUUUCCUCACCACCCCUGUGACGGCGACACGGCGUACGUGUCGUCAGAUUCUUGUUGAAUAUACUUUGUGGUACGCCAAGUAUCUCAUUGCCAACCUUGCAAGUGUUACCCCCGUCUCAUUUGCCGUCUUGAUGUUUUUUUUUUUUUCAAACGCUGUGUCGGGUGGUGGCCAUGGUCCUUUUUGGGGGAUCUUUUGCACACUCUUUUGCCAUAUUUAA